UUGCGAAUUGAAUUAUGGGGCGUAUCAGGCCCGAAUUGGACAUAAUUAUAUACUCGCAAACUCGAUCAAAAAUGAAGGCUGAGGGGCUUACGUUGCAGACUUCCUUUGUUUGUCUAAUCGUUUGGACAGACAUCCAAGAUGGUGACGGGGAUACCCCCAAGGGCAUAAGGCGAGGCUAAACUCAGUGGACAAUGGACCUGAUCGGACAGCUCAGAGUCUCUGCUCUUUUCUGUCCAUAAAACGAGGGUGUCUUAUGAGUUUGAAACGCAGCCAAGGUCACAGGAUGACUAGACAAUGUUAACUUCGGCUGUGAGUGCCUGGGUGGGGGAAAUAAACAUCUAAGACAGCUCAUGGAAACAUUCUAUUGAUAUUUUUGGUAUAAUGGUGAUAACGAAAGUGUCGUUUUGAGAAGAACAUUUUAAAAAUUCUCAAAUGGGGACGUCAAUUGGAAUUGUCUUUCUGGGCCCGGCGUCAGUUAAACUGCAGUACCGCCAGUUUCCUAUGGGUACAUGGGAUGGCGUACUUCCCAAACGGAACCCUGGCAUCAAAACGCGAUGACUUCAAAUCCGCCUCGAUUUCCGUUUCAUUAACAUACGGGAACAGGAACCACAACAGUAGCUGGCUGGUGGCCCAAAACAUUGAGAACAAUCUAACUUUCAAAGGGCUUGUGCCUGAGUCCGGCCUACGUGGAUGGAAGUGGAGAUUGCGUUCGAGAUGGGUCCUGAGAGAAUCUUACCGAACUCUGAGGAGGAGCUAGUCCAGGAGCGGCCGUCGGACGCUGGGGUGCCUGAGGUGGGUGGGGAGUGGAGUGGAGAGGAGGAGGAUGAUAAUGGAGGUUACUAUUACCAGCCACUAAACCAGGACCCUGAUGGACUAAAUGCUGCACCAGGGGACCAUCCUGAGGAUAUGCCCCCAGUAGCAGAGCAACUGCAAGAAGUCCAGGAGAGAAUAGAGCCCCCUCCCCCAGAUAGUGAUGAAGACUCAGAAGGAGCACACAGCAGUGCAGCCUCCAUCCCCAUGGAUGAAGACCACGUGGAGCUGGUGAAGAGGACCAUGGCAGCAGUGGCCCUGCCCUCUCUGGCCAUCCCGGCCUGGGCUCAGGAGAUCUCGGACGACCAGUGGAAGGACAUGGUCCAACAGACGCUCCAGACUCGCCAAAGCUCAGAAGGCCUGAGGCUAGAGCACAAAUAAGACUGAAUUGCCUCCUUCCCUCAGUCUGUCUUUAACUCUGUCCUGCAUUUCACCAACACACUUACCCCAGGGAAGUCUGCACUGAGGUCCUCUCUGAGCAGGUGUUAGGUGUCUCAAUUCUCAAGAGAUUGAACUCCUCUACGUCCAAUUCUAAUUAGAUGAUAUUUCUGAUGAAUAUUUGUUUUUCAAAGGAGGCUCUUGGUACCUACUACACCUAACCUGCUGCUUAAGGUCAUUUGUAGGGUUUGUGAAGGAGUUCGAAUGAGUAUAGUAUAUUUUGUCUCUCAGAUCAGGCAAACUCUUACCGUUUCUGCUUACCGUUCCCCCCCAUAUGCUUCCUGAGACAUUCCAACCACCCUUUCCAACAUCCGAUCACCUUUGUUUGUUUUUAAUGUGAUACUUUCUAUUGGUUGUGAUUACCAUAUUAUAAUACUAUUAAAUCCGUUUUUGUUGAAUGUAA